GCCGCGGAGGAAGGAGACGAGCCGGGGAAGGCGGCGGCGGCGUCUGUUCGGCGGGGGCGGGGGCGCACGACGAGCCUGUCUUUGUGGCCAUGGCGAGCUCCAAGCACCGGCGCAUCGGCAGCAACUCGGGGCAAAUCCAGGUGGAUAGUGGGCCUGCUUUAAAUACCAAAGGUGGAGACCAAAAUGUCACAGAAACAGAUGCCCUUGAGAGAAGCCAGCCAUUUGAUCCAGCGGCACAAUACAAAAUGAGCCACAGGCGAAGAGGGGUUGCUUUAAUCUUCAAUCAUGAGCAGUUUUACUGGCACUUAACACUGCCAGAUAGACGUGGCACACUUGCAGACAGAGACAAUCUGAAACGCAGUUUGACAGAGCUUGGAUUUGAAGUCAGAUGCUUUGACGACCUUAAAGCAGAAGACGUUAUGCAGAACAUUUAUGAAGUGUCAAUGGACAACCACAGUGAUGCUGACUGCUUUGUGUGUGUGUUCCUGAGCCACGGUGAAGAUAAUCACAUUUACGCCUAUGAUGCUAAAAUAAAAGUUCAGACAGUGACAGACAUGUUCAGAGGAGACAAAUGCCCGAGUCUAGCAGGAAAGCCUAAAAUAUUUAUAAUACAGGCAUGUCGAGGAGAUAAACAUGAUGACCCAGUCAUUGUUCAGGAUGCAGUGGACAGUAUUGUAGACAAGUCCAAUGUCAAUGAAACUGAAGUGGAUGCUGCGGCUAUAUAUACUUUACCUGCUGGUGCAGACUUUCUAAUGUGCUACUCGGUUGCAGAAGGUUACUAUUCUCAUCGUGAAACUCUAAAUGGCACCUGGUAUAUUCAAGACUUGUGUGAGAUGAUAAGAAAGUAUGGUUCUUCCUUGGAAUUCACAGAACUUCUCACUCUGGUUAACAGGAAAGUAUCUCAUCGCAGAGUGGAUAUGUGCAGAGACAUUAAUGCAAUAGGAAAGAAGCAGAUUCCUUGUUUUGCCUCAAUGCUGACUAAAAAAUUACACUUCCCUCAAAAAUCAAAGUAGAUAUGUCCAUCUGUGAGAAUGGCAUCUUAUUCAGAUUCACUCCAAAAAUAGAAAAUAUCUUCAUCACUUAAUCUUGUAGUCUAGAAAAUCACUGUGUGAAGGGGUUGUUCUCUUGUUUAGCAGUUUAUAACAUGAUUUUCAAUGUAGCUAGAGAACUGCACAGUUAUUCACAUCAUGCAUUUUCCUCAACAGGCCUAUUUUAAAAAAUGCUGGGAUCAAAUUUCAGGAGCCAUAAUUUAAAUACUUUUAAAAAAAAACUUUCUAUAUUAGAAAUUAUUGCUUUGUUAUAAUAAAUCAGCAUUGCAGCAACAGCAGUCUCAGGGAAUUUUGGGAGAAAUAAUUGUAACACUGAUUUCUGUGUAAUAAAAACUGCAAGGUGCUCAGAUCCCCUGGUAAUGAGGAUCAUACAAGUCCUAAGAUUGCAAGCACUUUUUAACCAAUUUUUUAAAAUGUUCUGACUUGCACUUGAAUGACACCGUGUCUACUUCUAACUGCAUGCUAGCAUUUUGUAACUUUUUUCACAAAUUUUUAAAACCGCAUUAGCGUAUACAAGCUUUUUUUUUUGCACUGACAUUAAUUUAUGAGGAGUGCAACUAAGGUAUGUUUGUAAUUUUUCUGUAUGUUAAAAAAAUUUAACACCUACAACACAUUAAAAUGUGCAAUGUA